AACAAGUCUUCUUUCUUUCCGUCAAAACCCGCAUUGAGGAGUUCUCUCAUCUGUGCAUUUUGGGUUGUCCAAUGCUCCAGAUUUUUUUUUCUUUUGAGAUGGCGUAUUAGUCCAGAGAGAAAAAUAUGUAACCAAACCGCUCUUGAGAAAAACAUUGAAUCAACAUUGGUAAAGAGGUAAUUCACUACCAAAGCACAAAGAAAAGGCUGGAUCAAGAAAAGGCUGGAUAUGAUGGGUAACAUCAAUUUCAUACACUAAAGUCUUCUCCGUUGCCAAGACUCGCUAAUCUGGCUCUAUGAUAACUCGGGCUGCUACACUACCAAAUCUGGUUACAACUUGGCCAGAAACCUCUCCCCUGCUUCACUUCAGCCCCCUAAUACCUUUGAUUGGUAUAAAAACAUUUGGAAUGUGAAAGUAGGCCCCAAGAUUCAUAACUUCUUGUGGAAAGCAGCAAGUGGAGCCCUCUCCCUAGGCAAUAAUCUGGCCACUAGAGGACUCAUGGCUAAUGUAAACUGCAGGCGAUGUGGGGAAAGAGAGACAGAGCUUCAUCUUUUUCAGAGCUGCCCCUUUGCCAAGUCAGUUUGGGAAGCCACCCCCCUGGUUCUUGCUAUGACAGAGGACACAGCUGUUACUUUUCGCAGUCUCCUCUCAACCACGCUCAAGGCCACUCCUCUACCGCCCACAGGCUUAUCCUUGACACCCCUUUCUCCUUGGAUCUUUUGGAACCUCUGGAAAGCGCGAAACUGCCUCAUCUUUGAGGAUCGCCUCUUCCCCAGCCAGGACAUCGUGGUAAAGUCUAUCCGAGAAGCAAAAGAAUGGCAAGAUGCCCAGAUUAUAUCCACAAAGCUUCCAUCGCCCAGCAUCAUUCGCCCACCUCCCCAGACUUCUGACCCUCAAGCUUUCCGCUGCUUUGUCGACGCAGCUUGGUGCCCACAGUCGCAGACCUGUGGACAGGGAUGGGUCCUGUAUGAUCCAACGGGACACACUCCACGUCGUUUUUCAACGACCCGACCUUUUGUCACUUCGGCCCUCGUCGCAGAAGCCCUUGCUAUGAGAAGUUCCCUGAAUUGCCUUAAGCCACUACAACAGACGGGUGCAGUAGGCAAAAUCGAAUUUUACUCGGACUCCAAAAUCCUCAUCUCUGCAAUCAACAAGCAAGCAAGCUCUAAGGAGCUCAAAGCUAUCCUCCAGGACAUCACUUCAUUAAGUGAUUCUUUUGACUCAGUUUCUUUCAACUUUAUCCCUCGUUCGGAUAAUAUUGUAGCUGAUUCUGUUGCUAAAGCUGCCCUUUGUGCAGUACUUUCUCCCUCCCCUCGUGGAGUGUAACUCUUUCUCACGUUUUAUUGCAAUCAAAGUUUGUCCAAAAAAAAAAAAAAUUGGCCCGAGCAAAGAGGCUUGUAUAACCUCUUUGAAAUCACCUCAACACUCCUCUUAUAUGUAUAAACCGUAUCACUUCAAAAAAAAAUCCAUAAAGAAUUGUUGAUACGCCAUAUGUGAUAUCAACUUCUUCAUCCAUCUCAUCCUCAUUGCAAGAGAUGUAGACAUUGUACUCUUAUGUCAAAAACUUCCCUUAUGUUUUUUUUUUUGA